AUGGGAGAGGUGAAGGAAGAGAACGAGAGGUUGAAGACGAUCUUGGCUCGGAUUAUGAAGGAUUACCAGGCCCUUCAGACGCAUUUCUUCGACGUGGUUCAGCAAAGCCGCAAUAAGAAGCCCCCCGUGGAAAACUCGGACGCUCAUCAGGAGACCGAAGAGAGCGAACUCGUGUCGCUCAGCCUUGGAUCAAGUUCAAGGGAACAGAAGAAGGGAGAGAAGACGGCCAUCGCCUCCGAACCUAAGGAGGAUGAACGGAUGAAAGCAGAUCUCUCUCUGGGUCUGAACAGCAGAUUUGACAAUAGCGAGGCUCCCUCUGUGGAGCGCCCGUCGAACUCCAGCAGUGAGAACGCCUUGGAGGAGCCCAGGGAAGAAGACGGGGCCGGGGAGCCGUGGCUGCCCAACAAGUCACUGAAGAUGUCGAGGUCCGGAGACGACGACCUCUCCCACAAAGUUCCUGUAAAGAAUGCUAGGGUUUCAGUGAGAGCACGGUGCGACACCCCCACGGUAUGUAUGGACACCUAAGCUUAAUUCGCACGUAGUUUCCACCCGUUGGAUCUUUUAUAUCGUCAGCGAACACCGAGGUCGGAAAUAUAACAAUGAAUCGUGUCUCCCGUCUGAACAGAUGAACGAUGGUUGCCAGUGGAGGAAGUACGGCCAAAAGAUAGCCAAGGGGAAUCCAUGCCCACGAGCGUACUACCGCUGCACAGUUGCACCGGCAUGUCCGGUCAGGAAGCAGGUAAUCUAAGUUAGUUAAUAUUUCGUCCUUUCCAAGGUCGGUCAUGGGUCCAUUUAGUUGCUCAUGGUCUCCGCCACGUCUAAAAUCUAGCCCAGUUGACCAAGAUUCCACGCUUUUUCCUAAAUUAAGAAAAUAAUAUCUUUAAAUUCUAUCCAAAUCUAGAUCUCAGACCCUCGUAGUUACACCUAAAACAGCAAUUGCUCAAGAAAUGUCAGUAGACUCGGUCAAUCCUAUGCAUUAACGCUAAACAUGUGACAACUGUUCAACGAAAACGAAAUCUGCCCGAUUUCGAAGGAAGGCGUGUACGUCUUCUAAAGACAAUUAUGGCUUCUAGUUUAUUCAAACUGCUAUUGUCCAUGCAUUAUUUACAUAUAUGUAAAUUAUAAGCAUUAAUAUUCCUUUCCUAUCGCUGUUACUUUGCCUAACAGUUGAUGUGUACAAAUAACAGGUGCAAAGGUGUGCAGAUGAUAUGUCGAUUCUCAUCACCACCUACGAAGGGACUCACAACCAUCCCCUUCCGGUUUCAGCCACCGCCAUGGCCUCCACAACCGCUGCCGCUGCUAGCAUGCUGAUGUCCGGGGCGUCGGUUUCUAGACCAGCCGUUGGAGUCUCCGCCUUGGCCACCUCUCCCACCGCCGCCAGCAACCUGGGUCUCCAAGGCCUUAACUUUGGCCUCACCGACUUUUCCAGGCCGAGGCAGUUCUACCUCCAAAACCCAUCAAUCUCCUCCUACUCAUCUUACCCAACGAUUACUUUGGACCUUACCUCUCCUCCAUCGACCUCCUCCCCUUCAUUACAAUUUAAAAAGUUCCCCGCCGGAAGAGUCGCCCCCACCAACCUCAACUUCUCCUCCUCAGAACCGACCGCCAACCCAUUCCUACAUUACGGCACGCUGCCCUAUAACAAGAAUCAGGUAGGGUUCUUCAACCUCGGGAGGCAACCUCAGGAGGCACAAUUGCACCAGCCGUUCCUGCAGAAGACGGCGAACUCGGUUCCUCUGGGCUCCGCCCAGAAUCCCCUCAGCAGCACCAUCGCCGCAGCCACGAAGGCGAUCACGUCGGACCCGAGCUUCCAGUCGGCGCUGGCAGUUGCAAUCUCGUCCAUCGUCGGAGGACAAGGGAACCAAGGGUUGACGGACACGUUGGGACAGGUUAAUCUAAAGUGGGGAGAUCAGCCCCCGCCGAUGCAGCCUUUGGAGUCCUCUGUGAACGUCAACGACUGCGGUUCCAGCUACCUCACAAGGUCAACCUCAUCGAAUUCGAUUCAACAGCAAGCAAACCACCUGGUGUUUCCUCGGCCCUCGGAGACCAUCGCCGCCUCCAAGAGUGGCUCUGCAUCUCCUGUCGACAAUCGGGAACAGAUGAACUAA